AAGAGCUUUCACAAGAAAAGCAAAUUUGAAGUAGAGGGUGUGAGAGAGAGACUUGGAAGUUGGAAGUUGGAAGAGCUUGACUCAGAACUUUUUGCACUUGAGCAUCCAGAAAGAUGGCUAUAAACAGUGAGUCAGUGACUUUGAUCGGUGUAGAGAAGAACGGAAGAGAGAGUGCUUCUUCAAGGUGGUUCAGCGAGUUUAUAUUUCUUCUAAAAACAUGUCCAAAGUAUCAGAUAUCACCAUCACACCUCAUCUUCAUGGGUCUCCGGAAAUCUGUUCAAGCAAAACAUAUGCCAAAGCAGAGAACGAAUUUCAAGUUCAAGAUACAUCACCCAAAUAUGAAGAAGUCAUGGAAUGUGGGUUACCUGAAAAAUACGUCUGCAGGCUUCUCUGCUGGAUGGACUCGUUUGGUAUCUGAGUAUCCUCUAGCAGUUGGAGCCACUUGCAAUUUUACAUUUCUCAAACCAUACGAGCUGAUUCUCUUUGUCUCAAAGCCCUAAGAAAAGACUCACUAUUGAUGGUGGAUGCGAAAGUGUAUUGGAGAGCAAACAACCGAGUAACAAGACUGUUGUUUAUAAGUGUUGUCUUAAGUUUUAUGCUAGGUUCUUAAGAUAGUAUCUGAACUUAAACCGAAUGCUUAUCAGAUGGAUCUCUGUAGCUUGAUAUGUCUCGGACCGAUUUUAAUAUGUUGUGUUUGUUUUU